AUGAGCAGCGAUCCCUCUCUGCCGCAGUUCAAGCUCGCCAAAACCGAUGCCGCUCGCUCCGAGCAACAUCAGUCGAAAGUCGCCGAGGCUGUGCGCUACUUCUUGGUGGCUCUGGCGCUGUCGGCCGUCUUCACUUCGUUGUGGAUGAUGAAUCCCCGGAAGAAGGUCUCGGGCUCGGCUGUCUUUGAGCUGGAGCUCGAGUGGACCACCAGGCGGCCGCUCAUCUUCAUCGGCGACUCGGUUACCCGGUUCCAGUACCUGUCGCUGGCCUAUCGCCUGACCUACGGCCACUGGCAGUUCGAGGAGCCCAGCUUCAACGCAACCACCAAGCGCAUCGAUCGAGAGUGGGGUAACUGGGAGCGCUUCAUGCGCGGCACCAAUGCCCUCCUCAAGGGAAACGAGGUCUGCGACUGCUACCGCAACGGAACCUGGGACUGGAGAAAGACCGUCGAGUACAUCGAGAACCGGUACUUCACGACGCCCUAUCACAACAUUGCCUUCUACCAGGCGUACGACGACCAUCCGGGCGUCUGCCACACCAAGGGCCGGCUCCAUCCCGAGGAACAGUCGCCGUACUUUGACGCUCCGCUCGACUGGUGCUAUACCAUCCCGGCGCUGCUGAACCACAUCGACCAGACCUACGGCCAGAGCGUCAUCGUCCUGAACCUGGGCAUCCACAACUCGAGCUACGUCAAGUGGGCGACGGCCUUUGCCCAGCACUCGAACCACAGCGACUCGCUCUUGAUCUGGAAGCAGACGACACCCUCGCGGGACGGCAAGUAUGCCGAAAAUAAGGACUAUCCGCUCUUUGAGAUCUUCAAAUCCAGCAAGGUCGUUGUGAUGCCCACCUGGCGGAUGCUGAUGGACCUCUACAACGCCAACAACAGCGCCGUGUUCAACGACCACGACAAUGUGCAUUUCCAGCCGCAGAUCAACAAGCUCAUGAACCAGAAGCUUGGCGAACUCAUCAACCGCAAGCUGGUCUCUUGA